AUAUAUUCAAUUUUUCUAGGAUUUAUAAUUAACUCGCGAGACUAUAGAAGUGAGCUACAUAUAUUUUGGCUAUUUGUGAUUCAGAAACUGAGGCAUGGGGUUCAAAAUUUUGUUAUUGAGUCUAUUGAUUUAUUUCAUAUCAGCUUUGGUUAUUUUUCAACAUGGGAACAGCAAAAGAGUUAACGUUGGUGGCGGUUUCGUUCAAAGAAAAGGUACUCAUUUUAUUCUGAAUGGAAAGACACACUAUGUGAAUGGAUUCAAUUCCUAUUGGUUAAUGAUCAUGGCAUCUGACCCAUCUACAAGUUCUAAGGUCACUUCAAAUUUCCAACAAGCUUCUCGACAUGGUUUAAAUGUAGGAAGAACAUGGGCUUGCAACGAUGGAGGUUAUAAAGCUCUUCAGAUCUCUCCUGGCAAGUACGAUGAAAAUGUCUUCAGGGGAUUAGAUUUUGUGAUAUCAGAGUCAAAAAAAUACGGAGUGCAACUUAUACUUGGCUUGGUGAAUAAUUGGAAUGCUUUGGGAGGAAAACAUAAAUAUGUACAAUGGGCAAGAGAACGUGGUCAACAUGUCAAAAGCGACGAUGACUUCUUUACACAUCCCGUUGUUAAGCAAUACUACAAAAACCAUGUUAAGGCUGUGCUGACAAGAAAUAACACUAUAAAUGGGGUGUUAUAUAAGGAUGAUCCAACCAUUUUCGCUUGGGAGCUUAUAAACGAACCACGUUAUGUAAAUGACUCUGGAAAUUCAAUUCAGAAUUGGGUUCGUGAGAUGGCGACAUUUGUAAAAUCCAUUGAUAACAAACAUUUGCUCGAAAUAGGGCUUGAAGGGUUCUACGCUGAAACAACGCCACAAAAGCAGUUCAAUCUCAAUUCUGUUAAAGUCGGAACUGAUUUUAUCUCCAAUAAUCAAAUUCCUCAAAUCGAUUUUGCUACCAUUCAUGUAUAUCCCGAUGAAUGGUUACAGGGCUCAAAUGAAACAGCUAAAAGUCACUUUGUUGAUGAAUGGAUAGAAGCUCAUAUUCAAGACUCAAAUACUAUUUUAAAAAAGCCCUUGGUUAUAGCAGAGUUUGGAAAGUCUUCAAAAUCACAUGGAUAUAGCAUAGCUAUAAGGGAUAAUUACUUUAAGAAAGUAUACAAUGCCAUAUCUAGAAGUGCUAUCAAUGGAGGCUCAUGUGCAGGUGGAAUUUUCUGGCAACUCCUAUCUCAAGGGAUGGAUACCUAUGGAGAUGGAUAUGAAGUCGUUUUUGAGAAUUGUCCUUCAACUGGUGAGAUCAUCAAACAACAAUCUAUGAAGAUGUCACAUAUCAAAUAGUAGAUUUUCAGAAAAAUGUGCAUGUUAUAAUAUAUUCCUGCUCAUUCUGAGUUGUGUUUGCCUGCCUAAGAAAUAAUGCUUCAAGGGAUGAUACUAGUAUAUCUUUUUUUCUUCUUUUUGAAUAGAUAGUACGUAUACCUAUUCAAAUUUUUAUACAUAAUCAAAGAUACUAUAUUACAAUAAUAAAGGAGCACAUCCUGCACAGGUGUACAAAACUGCAAAUCGGGAUUAGCAAUUAUUCAAUUUAAGUGAAUGGCAGUCCAACUCAAUUAUUCAA